GCUCCCGUCGGAGCGGGGCUGUUGGAGCUCCUUGUACGGGCACAGAGCCAGGUGACGUUGCAGUGGCCUCGGAAGCAUGUGGCUGUGGCACUGGGGGCCCUGAAGACCGCCUGGCUUGCAGGGAGGAAUGCUACGGUGGGCAGUGCACUUGGAAGGUGGGCCACGGAGGGUGAACCACGCGGCCGUGGCUGUCGGGCACAAGGUCUAUUCCUUUGGUGGGUACUGCUCUGGAGAGGACUAUGAGACCCUGCGGC